AUGUUAAUGAGAUUACCAGCCACCAUCGACAAUAAUGUUUUGAAAGCCUUAAUAAAUCUAUUAAAGCGUCUAUCAUUUAACAGAAAAAUUGACUUGUUAUUUUUAAAAUUCAAAAAUACAGGAGAAGUUAUCAUUAUCGGUAAGGAAGGCGGUACAGAUUUCAUUGACUUAAUUAUGAGCUAA